GAUGGAGCAGAGGAGAAACGCUGCCGCUGUCUCACAUCGCGGUCACUCACCUCUUAAAUCUCCCACAUACAAUUGCGCCCCUUCCCUUUAAUUUGCGCCCAGACUGCGACUUUUCCUCUCUUUCCUGGCUCAUUUUGCCGCUGUCAUCUUCGCACCACUCCACUUCACCCCUCUGUCUGUCAGCACCACACCGGCUUCGACUGUCUUGUUAGUGGAAGGAAAGAAAAAUCCGGUUCAAAAUCACUCAGCAAAACGCAUCUUACGCGAGGUUUCCGCCGGACACACCUUCACCAGGACUGCCCCGUCACUGCUACAGAGAAUAUGGAUGAAGACAAUCACGUUCCUGAGGACCUGUCCCUGGAAGAGAGGGAUGAGCUGUCAAACAUCCGACGCAGGAAGAGAGAGCUGCUCGAUGAUAUUGAGAGACUGAAGUUUGAGAUUGCAGAAGUCAUGACGGAGAUCGAGCAGCUGACGUGCGUUGGAGAAAGUAAAACGUCCCAGAGAAACAAACAGAUCGCCAUGGGUAGGAAGAAAUUCAACAUGGAUCCAAAGAAGGGAAUCCAGUUCCUGCUGGAGAACGACCUUCUUCAGCACACUCCUGAAGACAUUGCCCAGUUCCUUUACAAAGGCGAGGGUCUCAACAAGACCGUCAUCGGAGACUACUUAGGCGAGCGGGAUGACUUCAACAUCAAGGUGCUGCAGGCUUUUGUGGAGCUGCACGAGUUUGCAGACCUCAACCUUGUCCAAGCACUACGGCAGUUCUUGUGGAGUUUUCGUUUGCCAGGUGAAGCCCAGAAAAUUGACCGAAUGAUGGAGGCGUUUGCUUCACGGUACUGCCAGUGCAACCCCGGAGUCUUCCAGUCAACAGAUACCUGCUACGUGCUAUCGUUUGCCAUCAUCAUGCUGAACACCAGCCUACAUAACCCAAACGUCAGAGAUAAGCCCCCUGUGGAGCGAUUUAUCUCUAUGAACAGAGGCAUUAAUGAAGGAGGAGAUCUACCAGAGGAGCUUCUCAGGAACCUUUACGACAGCAUCAAAAACGAGCCCUUCAAAAUCCCAGAGGAUGAUGGGAACGAUCUGACUCACACAUUCUUCAACCCUGACCGAGAAGGCUGGCUCUUAAAGCUUGGCGGCCGAGUCAAAACGUGGAAGAGAAGGUGGUUCAUUCUGACCGACAACUGCCUCUACUACUUUGAAUACACAACAGAUAAGGAGCCUCGUGGGAUUAUUCCUCUGGAGAACCUCAGUAUCAGAGAGGUGGACGAGCCCAGGAAACCUAACUGCUUUGAACUAUACAACCCCAACCACAAAGGUCAGGUGAUCAAGGCCUGCAAAACGGAGGCGGACGGGAGGGUCGUCGAGGGAAACCACGUGGUGUACAGGAUAUCGGCCCCCACGCCAGAGGAGAAGGAGGAGUGGAUCAAAUCCAUCAAAGCGAGCAUCAGCAGGGAUCCUUUCUACGACAUGCUGGCCACCAGGAAGCGGAGGAUAGCAAAUAAGAAAUGAUGACCGCCCAUCCUCAACCACAUCAGCACUGUUCCCUUGACCAGCAGAGUCCUUGUCCUAUGUGUGUAUGUGUGUGUGCUACAGGGAUCAUGAAGGACUCCAAUUUGCUGUUUCAGGGGUGGAGGACAAAGCAGAAGACACAGGUGGGAGUUUUUUUUUUUGGACUGAAUGGAUCAAAUAUUUUUUCCUCCUGAAGACUGUCUGCACCUCAGUUCCAGAUUGAUGUGAAGGUAAACACUGAUGUGCAACAGAGUACAAGGACCUGCAAAAUAUUUUUCAAGCUGGACGUUCAUGGACAACAGGAUGAGGACUAAAGUUCAGUGGCAGAACAGCCUCUACUGGAAUCAUGGGAUAUUUUUGCAGAAUCUGGCAGUGGUGAUGUUGCCCUCUGCUGGAAACAUAAGGAAUUACAUUUACUGCACUACAAAUGUGUAGCGAAGGACUUGAAACCUGAUUCUCCCUGAUCGAAUGGCAUUCCUUUCAUCCAGGCCGCCUUGCAUGGCUGGAUAUCUGCUCUCUGCCAGCAAGACUCCCAGAUGCCAAUCAGCAUUUUACUCUCCUCACCUCACAUGUCACUCGACAGCUGCCAACACCAACGUUUUUAUAGUUUCCUCUAACGACAGAAAGCCUCAAGCUUUCAAAUCAGCUGGUCUGAUUGUUAGCCCUCAAGUGACUGUAACUGUAUAUGCAAUGAAACCUAGGUUCAUAUUCUUUUCACGUUCACAGUAAACCCCCUUUGUUGCUCUUUGAAAACAAACAGUUUGGGGAAUAAGACCAAACACAUUUUGAGUGGAAUGAUCCUUUUUAAGUGGCCACAGUUUUAAAAAGCUACAAUGCAUCAUAUAUUAGGGUUAGGGUUACUGUUACGUAUUGAAGAUCCACCUCUGUGAUCAAGUUCAUUUGCUUUGUAUUUAUUUUCUUAUUAACAAAAGAGGCAGCCCCCCCCCUCCCCCCCACCCCCACCCUCCCCCCUCCCCACCCACCCCACCCAACUUAACAUUAUGCAUGUGUAAUAUAUAAUGUACAUACCAUUUUGUUUUGUUUUUAAUUCUUUGUUGUGUUUGUGUAGCACGUUAAUCAUAAUGGCCAUAGCCUAUACCUGUUCACCUUUUUAGUUCAACAGCGUACAGUUUACAAUAGUGGAAGAGGGAAAAUGUGCAGAGCAGUGAAACCUCCUCACACCUUGUUAUUACUGAAGAUCAGAUUAUGAUGUUCUGUUAAAGAAAUACUCACUAUGCUGAGAGAGCAUAGGGGCUCAAAAUAACCUUGAAAAAGCGAACUUCAAUCAUGUGAAUACUGACUGGAAUCUGAAUCUGGAAUCUUUUUUUUUUUUUUUUGGCUCCAGACUGAUCAAACCAACCCACAACCAAAACUUUCCUUAUUAGAUGCAUCUUUUAGGUUUAAAACAUGGUUUGAUCUUGGUUUGGGAAAACUGCUCCUGAAUACUUUGAUGAAGACUUUGAAUAAAAAUACAUGCUGAUCAGAGAACGGUUUCUGUGUGAGUUCAGUGAGACGAGCUCAACUCAUCAAAGUCGUCAAGGUCUUUGGUUAUUUCACACAUGGAAACAGUGUUGUGAAUAAAUUACAGUGAGCUGAACCGUCUCCCUCCGACCCUAACAGGUAGAGAAGUGUGUGUAUUUAACAAGACCUGAACACAGACGAGAGCCAAUGGGAUCAAUCGACUGUCUCUACAUCAUCAUUUAACCACAGUGUAAAGUUUGUUCAACAGGAGGCUC